AUGCAUGGAGCCGAACCACGUUCAGUUCCUUCGACUGAAAUGAAGACUCGUUUUGGGCUCGUCGUGCUGGUCGUCAUAGAUGAAAUUUCAAUCACGCACCAGACACUGUUAGGCGGUACCGAUAGCGUGUCCAGAUCGAUGUCGAGAACACCCCAAAAGUUCAUGGGCGGCAGACAUGUGCUUUUCAUCGGUGAUUUACUUCAGUUACCUCCUGUAGGAGGUCAUCCAUGCUUUGAAGCUCCUCACGACACAGCAAAUCGGUUGCGCCACGCUGGCUACGCUAUAUAUUCUGCCAUUAACUUCGUGGUGUUCUUGGUGAAGAAUAUGCGAGCACGACUAGAUCCAGUUUAUGCAGAAAUUCUCGACAACCUAAGGUGGGGUAGGAUAUCGGACUCGCAGUUGGAAAAAUUGAACUGCCGCGUCAACGAACACGUGGAAGUACCCCCGACAUGGAAUAGCAGUGCGUUCUACCGGCCUGUUGUUGUUUGUACAAACCGAAUGCGCUGUGCAAUAAACCACUUCAUGAUAUUUAAGAUCGCGGGAGUAUAUGGAGCUACUGUGUUUGAGUGCAUGGCGCAGCCAUCAGCAAGGUCUAAGGUGAUUGUAGAAAACAUUGCCAAUGCGACUAACGACGUGACGGACCGGGUUCCGAUGAAGUUAUUAUUUUACAUUGGCAUGCCAGUAAUGAUAACACGUAAGCAUCCUAGCCUAGUUGACGCUGAUAUCAUCGCGAACGGUGUAAUUGGCAAUAUUGUUGGGAUGUUCCCGUCGCCCGGAAGCAUAGACUCUACAAGUUACACCGUAAAUGGUGUCAUUAUUCACCGCUUGGGCCAGCUCCCCGAGCUACUGCUGAUUAAAGUUCAUGGGAACGAAAGCACGCUCAUUACAGGUUUUCCAGAGGGUGUGAUCGGAUUACCACGGCUACACGUGUCACUUCAAUUGAAGCGAUUCCCAAAUCUGGCUCAGACAAGUGUCACUGUGGACCAGUUUACCGUCGUUCCUGCUUUCGCUUGCACUACUGAAAAACUACAAGGCCAAACCUGCCACGAUGGAGUCGUUGUCACUCCGCUCGACCGUCGAAAAGGUAUCCCAAAGCAAACGUUCUACGUAGCCUUGUCGCGAGCAACAAGGUUGGCUGGACUCACACUUACCGAUAUUGUAACGAGGCAAUAUCUGGAUAACUUCCGGCCAAAUGAAGCCACGGUGACCAAGAUGAACCGACUUAUUGAGAUAGUUCGCCUGCCGCUGUAUGCCCCGCUGUCAGAACUGGUACGAUUUAAUAGUUUUUGGAAGGCUCGACAGCACACAUAA